GCUCUCCCGGGCGUGAGAAGCCGGCAGACAUGGCGGCCCCCUGCUUCCUCACUCUGCCGGCGGCUACCCUGGCCGCCUUGGCGCUCUUGUCCCUCGGCAGCUUCGCCGCUGGUCACAUCGAGGAUCAAGCAGAACAGUUCUUUAGAAGUGGACAUACAAAUAACUGGGCCGUUUUGGUGUGCACAUCCCGAUUCUGGUUUAACUACCGACAUGUUGCAAAUACUCUUUCUGUUUAUAGAAGCGUCAAGAGGCUAGGUAUUCCGGACAGUCACAUUGUCCUGAUGCUUGCUGAUGACAUGGCGUGCAAUGCUCGGAACCCCAAGCCAGCCACAGUGUUUAGCCACAAGAACAUGGAACUCAAUGUGUAUGGAGACGACGUGGAAGUGGACUACAGAAGCUAUGAGGUAACCGUGGAGAACUUUUUAAGGGUAUUGACCGGGAGGGUUCCACCCAGUACCCCUCGCUCAAAGCGUCUUCUUUCCGACGACAGAAGCAAUAUCCUCAUUUAUAUGACAGGUCAUGGAGGAAAUGGUUUCUUGAAAUUCCAAGAUUCUGAAGAAAUCACCAACAUAGAACUUGCAGAUGCUUUUGAGCAGAUGUGGCAGAAGAGACGCUACAAUGAGCUGCUAUUCAUUAUUGACACUUGCCAGGGCGCGUCCAUGUACGAGCGGUUCUACUCUCCUAACAUCAUGGCCUUGGCUAGUAGCCAAGUGGGGGAGGAUUCGCUGUCGCAUCAGCCUGACCCUGCCAUUGGAGUUCAUCUUAUGGAUAGGUACACAUUUUAUGUCUUGGAAUUUUUGGAAGAAAUUAAUCCAGCUAGCCAAGCUAACAUGAAUGACCUUUUUCAGGUUUGUCCCAAAAGUCUCUGUGUGUCGACCCCUGGACAUCGCACUGACCUUUUCCAGCGAGAUCCGAAAAGUGUCCUGAUCACCGAUUUCUUCGGAAGUGUGCGAAAGGUGGAAAUCACAACAGAGAAGAUCAGUUUGCAGUGGGAUUCACAAGUCGUGGACAGCAGUUCCAAAGAAGACGGCACGGCUGAGGAGCUCACGGAACCUCUCAAGUAUGCUGAACAGCUCCCGGUGGCUCAGAUAAUACACCAGAAGCCGAAGCCGAGAGACUGGCACCCUCCCGGAGGCUUCAUCCUGGGGCUGUGGGCGCUCAUCAUCAUGGUCUUCUUCAAGACCUAUGGAAUCAAGCAUAUGAAGUUCAUUUUUUAAGACUCAAAGAUGUAUGAAGAAGAAUGAAUGGAAGAUUGCAGCCUUGGAUCAAAACUUAGGUUUUUAUAUGUUUUUAAAUAUGUUGCUUUUGUGUAAUUUGGGAAGAAAAUUAGGAAAAUUGAAUAUUAAUGAACUUUUGACUUAAAACAUAAUAUUGUUAAUGCACUUGUUUAUUGGCCACAGAAUAUGUCUUUCAUUGUGUUUGUGUGUGUGAGUUAUAGAAAGCAGAGAGCAAUGACAUUGGAACUUAUUGCUUAAUUCUUUUUACCCUCCUCUCAUUGUAAAAGUGAGAGUUGUUAAGGUGUUGGUUCCCACUAAAGGAAGUUACUUCCGUU